AACGGUGGAGGUUUUCCUCGGAAGUCGCUCCUUACGCAUCCUACCACUCGCUGCAUCUGUCGCAGCGAGCCUAUUAUCUUCCACAUCUUUUGUUACCUUGACGGGACAUUUCUAUGCCUACGGGUUUCACUUCAUAUGGUCUCGUAUUCUCACAAUCCCUGCUGCACCUGUGGCCUCCCAUGUGUUCCUGCCGGUGUUGUAUGGACUACGCGUAACCUCUGUUUUUCAGUAUAUUCGGAUGCGGUUUCAUUCAUCCAUUUCACUGACCACCUGCUUAAUAUACAUUCUUGUCACGCUAAGCAUUGGUGCUCUGUCAAUUUUCGCCGCAAGUCUCACCCUUGUGACCGUAUUUGGUCUUCCUCUGGUAUGGUGCAACAUCGUAAUCGGGCUGAGUGCGGCAGUUUACACAGCUCUGGGUGGACUCAGAGGGGUCGUAUGGACAGACUGCGUGCAGCUGCUCUUCAUUCUACUGGGCCCUGCAACUAUUAUAGCGAAAGUCCUUAUUGACUGGCGAAGUCCCGCGACAUCUGUCCAGCCAUUAGAAGAAUUUGAUACACGGUCGUACAUCUGGAAGUAAGGAUUAAUUU